UCCGAGGAGCCGAGGCUAGCUGACCGCGCAGUUGUAGCCGCCCGCGCAGCUUGUUCUCCCCCAUCCCGAGGUCGGCGGCAGGCGCGGGGAGAGUGCGUGCUUCCCUGCAGCACGCACAGCUUGCACUCAUCCGGGCGGAGGCCGCCGCCGGCGACGGAGGAUGGGGGAGUAGCUGCAGGCGGCGACCCUGCAACGACGAGAUUAACAUUUUGGGAGACACUUUUGUGACCUUUGAUUCAAUCUUGGAGUAAUGUGGACAGAAGCUGUCAAAGUUGCAUAUUACAUCAGCUGGAACCUGCAACGUGUCUUAAUGUUCUCUUAAAUUAGAAUUUGUAUAAGAAAAAGAAUGGGAGUCUGGUUAAAUAAAAACGACUAUACCAGAGGCUUGAAAAGGGCCAUUCUCUGUUCUGUAAUAGUGUAUUUGGCUGUUUUGGUGGGUACAGAGCAAGAUUUUUACAGUUUACUUGGAGUAUCCAAAACUGCAAGCAGCAGAGAAAUAAGACAAGCUUUCAAAAAAUUGGCAUUGAAACUACACCCUGACAAAAACCCGAAUAAUCCCAAUGCACAUAGUGAUUUUUUAAAAAUAAAUAGAGCAUAUGAAGUGCUCAAAGAUGAAGAUCUGCGGAAAAAGUAUGACAAAUACGGAGAGAAGGGACUUGCAGAUAAUCAAGAAGGAGGCCAGUAUGAAAGCUGGAAUUACUAUCGUUAUGACUUUGGUAUUUAUGAUGAUGAUCCUGAAAUCAUAACAUUGGAUAGAAGAGAAUUUGAUGCUGCUGUUAAUUCUGGAGAACUGUGGUUUGUGAACUUUUAUUCCCCAGGGUGUUCACACUGCCAUGAUUUAGCUCCUACAUGGAGAGACUUUGCUAAAGAAGUAGAUGGAUUACUUCGAAUUGGAGCUGUUAACUGUGGCGAUGAUAGAAUGCUUUGCCGAAUGAAAGGAGUCAACAGUUAUCCCAGCCUGUUCAUUUUUAGAUCUGGAAUGGCUGCAAUAAAAUACCAUGGUGACAGAAAAAAAGAAAGUUUAGUGAGUUUCGCCAUGCAACAUGUUAAAAGUACAGUGACAGAAUUAUGGACAGGAAAUUUUGUUAACUCCAUACAAACUGCUUUCGCUGCUGGUAUUGGCUGGCUGAUCACUUUUUGUUCCAAAGGAGGAGAUUGCUCUACUUUAAACAACAAAGAGAAAAGUGGUAUUCUGUUUCUCAACUCAUUGGAUGCUAAAGAAAUAUAUUUGGAAAUAAUGCAUAAUCUUCCAGAUUUUGAACUGCUUUCAGCAAGCACUCUAGAGGAUCGUUUGGCUCAUCAUCGAUGGCUCCUAUUUUUUCAUUUUGGAAAAAAUGAAAAUUCAGAUAAUCCUGAAUUGAAAAAGCUAAAAACUCUACUUAAAAAUGAACAUAUUCAAAUUGGCAAAUUUGACUGUUCCUCUGCACCGGAAAUCUGUAGUAAUCUCUACAUUUUUCAGCCAUGUCUAGCAGUAUUUAAAGGUCAAGGGACCAGAGAAUAUGAAAUUCAUCAUGGAAAGAAGAUUCUAUAUGAUAUACUUGCUUUUGCCAAAGAAAGUGUUAAUUCUCAUGUUACCACAUUGGGACCUCAGAAUUUUCCUGCCAGUGACAAAGAACCGUGGCUUGUUGAUUUUUUUGCCCCUUGGUGUCCACCAUGUCGAGCUUUAUUGCCAGAGCUACGAAAAGCAUCAAAACAUCUUUAUGGUCAACUUAAAUUUGGCACACUAGAUUGUACAGUUCAUGAGGGACUCUGUAAUAUGUAUAAUAUUCAGGCUUAUCCAACAACAGUUGUAUUCAACCAGUCCAACAUUCAUGAAUAUGAAGGACAUCAUUCUGCUGAACAAAUCUUGGAGUUCAUAGAGGAUCUCAUGAACCCUUCAGUGAUCUCCCUGACACCAACUACUUUCAAUGAAUUAGUUAAACAAAGAAAACAUGAUGAAGUCUGGAUGGUGGAUUUCUAUUCUCCAUGGUGUCAUCCAUGUCAAAUUUUAAUGCCAGAAUGGAAAAGAAUGGCCCGGACAUUAACUGGGCUGAUCAAUGUGGGCAGUAUAGAUUGCCAACAGUAUCAUUCUUUUUGUGCCCAAGAAAACGUUCAGAGAUACCCUGAGAUAAGACUUUUUCCCCAAAAGUCAAAUAAAGCUUACCAGUAUCAUAGUUACAGUGGCUGGAAUAGGGAUGCUUAUUCCCUAAGAAUCUGGGGUUUAGGAUUUUUACCUCAAGCAUCCACAGAUCUAACACCUCAGACUUUCAAUGAAAAAGUUUUACAAGGGAAACAUCAUUGGGUGAUUGACUUCUAUGCUCCUUGGUGUGGACCUUGCCAAAAUUUUGCUCCAGAAUUUGAGCUCUUGGCUAGGAUGAUGAAAGGAAAAGUGAAAGCUGGAAAAGUAGACUGUCAAGCUCAUGCCCAAACAUGCCAAAAAGCCGGCAUUCGAGCCUACCCAACUGUUAGACUGUACCCCCACGAGGGCACAAAGAGAAAUAUUUGGGGAGAGCAAAUAGAUUCCAGAGAUGCAAAGGAGAUUGCAACCAUAAUAUAUGAAAAAUUGGAAAAUCUUCAAAAUCAUGGAAAGAGAAAUAAGGAUGAACUUUAAUGAUGUUGAAGAUAAAGAAAAAAUUGAAAUUCUUAAAAAUGAUUAUCAGAAGACAUCUUCAGAAAACAAAUGUGAACAUUACCUUGGACUUUUUAUUGCACUGUCUGGAGGAUCAUAAAUAUUUUAGGUUGUGUAGACGAUUUACAGUUCUUUAUUGCAUAUUCUUCUUUGGUUUUAUUUUCUUAUGAAACCUAUAAAAAAUUCAAAAACCAUUCUUAGCUCACGGCCAUACACAAAUCGGCCACAAGCUAAAUUGAUUCCAUGGGCUAUAGAUGUCUGAGCCCUGGAAAUGUUCUGGCCAGCAUCUUGGACACAAGCCUGUUUUUGCUGUUUUCUACAGAAAUAUUACAAGUUGUACAAUGUGAACCUUGUCACUUGAAGUUUUUGUGGUUCACCUGGAGAUAAGUUUUCAAUCAGCUGUUCCUUCUAAAAAUGCUCUGAAAGUGAUUCUCUACCCAUAUAUUUCAUUUAAAACAGUUCAGUGUGGCAAAAUAGAUGCCCUGUUUUUCAGAUUGUAGUGAAGAGAUUUUUCAUUUCUUUCCUUCUUAAAGGUUGAAUUGAUUUUAAUUUCUCAAACUGAAGAAAAACAUUUGCAACAGCACAUAAACAGAUUUCAUAGAUUUCUGCAGCAUCCAGAAAUACCUGAGGGAAAGUGUUUAUAACUGUUACUUGCUAGGCAUUGUAGACUAUCUCAAAUACAUCAAGUUAUAUAUUUUUUAAAUGUCUGUUUAUUUUCUGAAUUACUUUUAUAAAAGUUUCUUCUCUGAUAGUUGAUUUUUGAAGUAUCUUUAUAAGUAUUUAUUUUUUGCCUUCUGGACUGUUUUGCUGUAUAUUCUUUACAUUUGCUUUUUUUCCUUCACGGUAAUAGAUUUUCACUCUACCAAUCUCUUCAUUAUUUAAGUAGGAAAAAUAAGGUUGGAAGUCAGUUUCACUAUAGCUUAAAUGUAGUUAUCUAAUUAUUAGUUUACUGUCAGAAGCUUAUUUUGAUAAACACUGGCAUAAUGAAGUUAUUUUUAUAAAAAAAUUCAGUAUAUAAAUCUAAGGUUGGUAACUGAGUCUCAGUUGUUACAAACUCAAUCCAAACUUCCUUACAUUUCUAACAAAAUACAGAGAUUCUAAGUGGUCAAACGAGACAAAUUUUUGAAUACUUAAUUUUUUCUUUUUUAAAAAAACCUAGGAUUAUGUAUAAUAGUGACAAUUUUUCUUAAUGUACUUUACCUCUUCCCGCAUUCCCUCAAAGGUUAUUUCAAAGCUACAGUUUAUGCAAAAAUAUUUUUUCCUACUGCAUCACUCUUUAGCUCUUAAUCUUGGAUUUUACUUUAUACAUGUAAGCCCAUAUGGAACAAUCUCAACUUCUAACUGUAAUUGAAUACCACGUUUUUGAAUUAUGAUCAGUAAAAGUGCCUUUCAUUUGUUAAAUUUUCAGGGCCUUGAGAAUUUUUUAAAUUGGCUUGUUUUCUUCAAAAAUCCCAAGAUGAAAUGACUUAAGUCUUGGUCAAUAAACUGUACCAGUUUUGUGAGUCCUGUUUUGCUAGACACUGAGGAAUGUACAAAAGGAAUUCAAAACAUGGCCCUAAUUUCUAACUAAACCCAGAAACAAGUAUAUUGACACCCACCCUACCA